CAUCCCUCCAUCCCUCCACUGUAACUCUCAUCCCAGCUACCCUGCGCACUCACAAUCGCAUUGAAAGUCUAUCUAUCCCCCCGAUCACCGCACGUGUCUUCCUCCCCAGGAAAGAAGGGAAAGAACCGGAAUGUCCUUCCAAGACCUAGGAACCUCCUUCCUAGGCGCCUUCCAAGCCUGCGUCUCCGUUCUGUUGACCCUCUUCUACGGCGUCGUCGCCCGCUACGCCGGCCUCGUCAGCGAGACCUCCAUCAAGGAUGUCUCGGGCUUGGGAAUAAAGCUGUUUUUCCCCGCACUGAUGGUCGUGAAUCUGGGGUCGAAUCUACAUGCGGAGAGCUUUUUAAAUUAUUUGCCGAUUUUAGUCUGGAGCACAAUUGUCGUCUUCGUCUCUCUAGCCAUCGGCAAACUCGGGGAGCGCGUCCUGCGUCUCCCGGCUUGGGUGACAGCCGCCUGCGCGUUCAACAACACCACCGCGCUGCCCUUGCUGCUGAUCCAGUCGCUGGAGAGCACGGGGAGUCUGAAACGGCUGCUCGCGGAGGGAGAUAGUGUCUCCGACGCGGUGGACCGGUCGCAGAGCUACCUGCUGAUCUGCGCGGUCAUCAGUAAUCUGUUGACGUAUGUGGUGGGGCCGAAGUUGUUGCAGCAGGCGGAUAAUGAUGGUGAUGAUGAUGAUGAUGCUUCGGGCGCGGAGGGGGGUGAGCAGGAUGAGCAGAGUGGUAGGGAAGGGGAAGGGGAACGUGACGACGAACAAACCCCCCUCCUCCCCGCUUCAGUUCGCGAGAGAGGCGCCCAGCUCCAACGGAAGUCCCGCGCCGCGUGCGCCCCGCUCCUCCGCCUCAUCCCGGACAAAGUGAAGGAGGAAGCGCUCUCGUUCGACACCCCGGUCGUGUGGAACAUGCUGCUCGGGCUAUUCCUGGGCGGGCUGCUGGGGCUCACGCCGCCGCUGCACCGGGCCUUCUUCAACAAGAACGAGGACGGGGGCAUCUUCAACGCGUGGCUAGUCCUGAGUAUCAAGAACAUCGGCAAACUGUUCACGACCCUGCAGUUGUUCAUCGUGGGGAGCAAGCUGGGCGUCAGCUUCCAGAAUAUCCAGCGCAGCGCGAAAAGCGGGCAUGUGCCGUGGCGCGCGGUCGUGUUUGUGUUUGCCGUGCGGUUUGUGCUGUGGCCUGCUAUCAGCAUCUCACUAGUCUACCUCUUCGCCUCGAAGACAUCCCUCCUCGGCGACGACCCCAUCCUCUGGUUCAGUAUGAUGCUGAUGCCCACGGGUCCUCCCUCGUUGGUCAUUUCCGGGCUGGCUGAGCUGGCUAAUGUGUCUGAGGAGGAGAAGUUGACUGUUGUCAAAGCGUUGACGAGCCAGUAUUGUCUUUCCCCGUUCACUUCUUUCACAGUCGCGGGGGCGUUGCAUGUUUCGGAGAAAGUUUUUGUGCGGUCGGCGAAGUAGAUCUUGGUUGGUGGGUAGAGUAGAGGAGAGUUUAGGGUAUGUGUCGGGGAGUUCGAUUCUGGCCGUGGUCCGUGGGAGUGAAUCUGGCGAUGGGAGGUGGUAGAGUGUGGAGAUAUACUACAGGCUAUGACUGGUAGACGGGCGGCGCAUAAUACUUAUCAGUAUAUAGGCCAGUGGCUGGUGAUAGACCGGAUCUAUAGUUGGAUAUGCGCAUGUUAUCAGUAAAUACGAUUGUCG